GUAUUACCACUACUGAUGACAAAUUUAGAAUACCUGAAUCUUAACCUUUUAUUUUUACUGGACAGCAAAACUGUGAUUGAGUCUCUCCCCUUAUAUGGGUACCUCUAUACUUAUAAUGAACAACACGACAGUAUGGCCACUGUUGCUGUUAGUCCGAGUGAAUACCUUCAGCCCUCCACUGCUUCUUCACAGCAGGACACCCAGCCUUCUCCUCUGGCCCUUCUGGCUGCUACUUGCAGUAAAAUCGGGCCCCCUGCUGCUCAGGCCCCGGUAACUUCUCCUCCCACUCAGCCGCAGCCUCGCAGGCUUCAGCCCAUAAAGCCGGCUCCCAUAGCACCAGCUCCACCCAAAAACCUGGGUUUCCUUUCAGCUAAGGGCAAUGUGAUCCAGCUCCCUGCUGGCUUGGGAACCUCAGCUCCCGGCAGUCCUAUUGUCCUUACGAUCCAACAGAGCCCGGCACGCACCAACACCGCCGGCCCUGCUAACAUCCAGUACCAGGUGAUGCCGCAAAUCCAGAUGAUGCCGCAGGGAGGUCAGAUCCAGCUCAUACCAGGCACUAACCAGGCCAUCAUUACCACUCCUAUGACUGUGCCAGCCCCAGCUGUCGCAGCUGCAACGCCGGUGACGCCGCAGAAGACCGUCGCCAUUAAACCCUCGCUCAAGGUACGGAAACCAAACAAUGUGGCGGCUAAUGUGAUGCAGCUGCCCGGCGGGCUCACGCUGCCCCUUAAUGUUGCAACCGGAGAGGUCGGCGGGUCUGCGGUCGUCACAGAGACGGCCGCGUCCCCUCCCACACCUGGAAAGGGACGGCGAGGGAGGAAGAGGAAAGUGGUUCCGCUGGCCGAACCUCCGCCAGCUCCUUCACCUCCGCCGGAGCAGAUGGAGACCAUUGUAAUUGAAGCUGGCGAUAACAUCAUACAGGCGGGGAACAAUUUGCUGAUUCUGCAAUCUCCUGGACAGCCAGCGAUGGUGCAACAGGUCCAGGUGGUGCAGCCUAAGACUGAUUCCCAGUUGAUCCAGAUCCCUCAGCAGGCAUUGAAAGUGGUGAAGGCUGCUUCUGCCACUUUGCCUCCUGUCCCACAGAAACAGCCCAUCACUCCGAGCCUGCAGGUGACCCCUCAGGAUCCAACACCGACCCAGAUCCUCUUCAAAACAGCGUCAGGGGAGUGGCAGUCAGUUCAACUGCAAGACUCCGGCUCCAAGGCAACAAGCCCUACAACCUCUGUUGCCCCAACCACCCCCACAUCACCACCUGCCAGCAGCAAGAGGACCCAGGCAGGGGCGCGAAAGGAGCGCACCCUGGCAAAGAUCGCCCCUGCGGGUGGAGUGAUGGCAUUCAACCAGUCGCAGUUGUCCUCUGCAUCUCAGGCAGUGCAGACGAUCAGUAUCAAUGGGGUCCAGGUCCAGGGAGUUCCUGUCACCAUCACCAAUGCAGGAGGUCAACAGCACUUAACAGUGCAGACGAUGCAUGGUGGAGGCCUCCAGCUGGCGACGGCGCAGGGCCAGCCUGCCAUCCAGAUGGACCAGACGCUGACGCUGGAGCUGCCCAGUCAGCCAGGGGAGAAAAAACGCCGCAUGGCCUGUACCUGCCCCAACUGUAAAGAUGCAGACAAAAGGCCCGGGGAGGUGGGGAAGAGGAGACACAUCUGCCAUGUUGCAGGCUGCGAGAAGACGUUCAGGAAAACAUCGCUGCUCAGAGCACACGUCCGCUUGCACACCGGGGAGAGGCCCUUUGUCUGCAACUGGGUUUUCUGCGGGAAACGUUUCACACGCAGCGACGAGCUGCAGAGGCAUGCCAGGACGCACACAGGAGACAAACGCUUCGAGUGCAAUCAGUGUAAGAAGCGCUUCAUGAGGAGCGACCACCUGACAAAGCAUUACAAAACUCACAUAAACACCAAGAACUUAUGAGCCCACUCUGAGAGGUUUUCCUUUUUCACUGAAACACCCACAGCUUUUCUACAGAAAACAGUCAUUAGACACAGGAGGUGCGAACGACUUAAAAACCAGGGAAACAUUUUCCAGAUGAAGCCCCAGAUUUUCCCCCUCUCACUCCUUCAGGACGAUCGUGCGGUUUUUCUACUCAGAAAUGCGACCAGGACGACUGCAGGCUGAAACUCACAACGUUACUUUUGUCAGUUUUAGUUGUUUACAGAUGUAUUUAUUUUUUCUGUUGGUUUGAAAAAAAAAGUCAGUUUGAAUGUGGGAAGGUGUGGCUUUAGAUAUGGAUCCUUUUUAGGUUUUAACACACAAACACAUCAAAUAACCUGGGGAAGAAGGACAAGAGACGUUAAGAUUCUUUUUACUUGCGAGGAGAGCAUCAUCGGGUAAAUCUCCCACCUCUCUGAUGCACUUCUGCUGUCUUCCCCGCUCUUUAUUGGAAAAAAGGGAGUCCAUAGUUACAUUAAAUCAUGCUGGAACUGUAAAGGAAGUUGUGGGGAGUAAGAUGCAUUCUGGCACCUGCAAAGGAAUACUUUCAUAAGAGUUUACUAAAAAUACAAAGAAUAAACAAGGUUAAUACGGGAUAAGAUAGAAUGAAAUAGCUCCAACAAUUCUCAACCAUUCAUCCUUACUGGGAACCAUUUAAUGACCAAAACACCAAUGGGGGACAUUGAUUAAAACACUGCCCCGAAAUAAAAUAUGCCUCUAGAAUUUUAACAUUGGUCACUAGAAAUAGACCAAGUAGAGCUUUAUGUAUGAAAAGCAGUUUUUUUUUUACAGGGCUGAUUCAAAGAAAAAAGCAUUAAAAAGGAGGACCACACCCACUCAUUUUCUGCUUUUAUUGAAUAUAUUAACAAUGACCUUUAAGAGAAAGUGUUUAAACCAAUUUAUUUUAAUAUUUUUUUUUAUUUAUUCCCCAAUGUGGGAUUGAAACAAGGAUCCAGGUACGGUUACGAUACUCGGGUUUCGUUACACUUGGUACGAUGAAAUCCCGCAAUUAUUUCCUUUUAUUUUUGGUCAGUUGUGUGAAUGUUAACGUCCUUCAUUUUUAUCUUUUAACAAACAUUUUUAGACCACAGGCAAGAAAAUCUGCCAGUGUUAGUUAAGGAUAGGCGGCUGCAGGCCGAUUCGCUCUUUUCCCUAAUCCAGCUCCCACCCCUUCACUCAUCCCUGUUAUGCCACUUUUUAAAAAUGUCAUAAUAUAUAUAUUUAUUUUGUUUCUCAUCAGAGUCGGACCUGUUGGCCCUUAUGUUGUGACUCCUUAUUCACAAAACAGAAUCAUCUCAUUUUAGUAUCAAUUAUCGGAUUAUUAAUCCAGCAUUUGCUUCCUUAAACAGCCUAUCUGAAGAAUACAGAACGUUUAAACUUCAGGCUCCAAAGUGGGAACAAACUGAAGCGUUUUUGGAACAAAACUUUUAAAAAACGACCUAGAAAUAAGACAGAAGAGGUAGAAAGACCGGCACCUACGACCCGUUUUAUCGUCUAUGUUGCUGUUAACAAAUAUAAACUUAUUAAUUGACAAUCCAGUCACGGAAUGCUAAGACAAUAGUCUGAGUUUUUGUUUUGCUUGUUUCCGAUCUACCAUAGUUUUAUUUAUUUUUGGCUUUUAUCUUUGAACACACGCUGUCCAGUUUUAAUGAUAGGAUAUGGUUUACAAACCUUUGGUUCAAUGGAUGCCAGUAAGGAUCAAAUGUUUAACAUAGCAGAAUUUUUAAAACGUUGACGGAUGGAUUUACCUUGCUAAUUAAUAAAGAGAAUAAAGAAGUCCCAGUAGAAGGUUUAUGCUGCAGGAAGCUCUGUGUUUCACAUGGGGGACAGACUUUGUCGUUUCAGUGGCCGACUUUUGGGGUAAUAUUGAAAGAAAAAAAUCAGAAUACAUUCAGGCGACAUGGGUGGAAAAAAAAGAUCUAUAUUUAUGUUUUUCAUGAAUUUGUAAAUACUGUGUUUUAUUUGUUGGAAUCAGUAAAUGUAGGAUAUUAAAAAAAAAGUUACGUAGGUAUUGGCUGGCCUCGGUCCGCCUGGAAGGAAGAAACCUUGUACAGUUUGUAAGUUAAAAUAUAUAUAUAUAUAAAUAAAUAAAUAUAUAUAUAUAUAUAUAUAUAGAAAUAUUGUAUAGAUUCAUUCCUGCUUUGUAUUAAAUGUUUGGAUUUUUUUUUUUUUUAACUGACAGAGAUGCCUUAGACAGCUGCGCCCAGUAUUUAACUGUUCUUUUCUGUCUGAUUCUGGUUAACAUUUGUAAAAACUUGCUUUGUGUUUCUACCUUACGUUGCAUAAUGUUAUGAGCACUGAUUGAACCGCUUAGGUUCUUGAUUUUGUAAAAUUAUUGCCGUUUUCAUCUUUUUUGGUUUUGUUAUUUCCAAAAUUCUGAUACUGCUGGUUCUCAAUUUCUGUAAAUGAACGAAUUCUUCAAACCUCACUUCCUGUUCUUUAGCCUCUUUGUAUGUUUGUCAGGAGAAUACAAAGAACCAGCAAAUAACCGUCUAUAUUAAAGGUGCUAACACAUAUUUGCUCCUUUUCUAUGGUCACCUCCUCAAUAAAAGUGCUCCAA